AUGCCACCUGUAGACCAGUCUCUGCAACCCGAUGGCAACGUGUCCCGUGGAACGGACUCUCGACUCAUCAAGAUCAAUCAUUAUGGAGACGUACAUAUUAAUGAAGAGCUUUACGAGAGGGGUGGAUACUUUGCGGCGGGUGGUUUGGCCAGCAUGACUUCUCGCACCGUUACCGCUCCUAUCGACCGCCUAAAAAUUUACCUCAUCUCGGAGACGCACUCUAAGAGCCCUACCUGGCAGCAUAUUAAGAAGGGUGAGCUUAUAGCAGCUGUCGUAACAGCCGGUCGUAGGCUAUUAGGUGCGAGCAGGAACGUAUGGGACGCUGGCGGUGUGCGUAGCCUCUGGGCUGGCAAUGGGGUAAAUAUAGUAAAAAUGUUGCCUGAAGGCGCCACUAAAUUUGGAAUAUAUGAGGUCUGUGAUCUUAUUGGGGCGAUGGAUCUAUGCAGCUCUGUCACUAAUUUGACUCUACAGACCUCGCGACGUCUUUUCGCCACAUGGGAAGGUGUGGAUAGCCCUGCUGACAUCUCUGUCUGGGCACAAACAGCAUCAGGUGGUAUCGGUGGAGUGGCCGCGCAGUAUGUCAAGAUACAUUGCGAUAAGAAGACAUUAAGCUUACCAGGUGGUCGUAGAUUCAUUGCAUAUCCUCUAGACACACUUCGAUUCCGCGUGCAAUGCAACAUGCAAAAGAAUGGGCAUUAUGGCCAUCGUCUAUUAGCAGACACAGCAAAGCAGAUGUGGCGGGCGGGCGGUUUGCGCCCGUUCUUCCGAGGACUCCCUUGGGGCCUUCUCGGGCAAUAUCCUUACUCUGCCAUUGAUCUAACGAUGUAUGAGUACACCAGACGUUGGUGGAUGCAGAAAAAUAAGUCACUCGGGCUUUCAGAAGCGGACUCAAGACCCAAUGUGAUAGCAACAGCAGUAAUUGGUGGGUUCAGUGGUGCAGUUGGUGCAUCGGUAGUGUGGCCAUUGAAUCUGCUUCGGACAAGACUUCAGACCAGCGGGACAGUCGUCAACCCCCGAGAAUACGGAAGCAUUAUGGAUGUCGUGCGGCAGACAAUCGCAGAAGAGGGCUGGCGAGGUCUAUGGAAAGGUAUGACGCCGAAUCUGAUCAAGGUCAUACCAUCCGUCGCUAUUACGUACGUAGUCUACGACAAAUGUAAACAGACACUCGAUCUGUCAUGA